AUGCACUACAGCUCUGCGGAAACUAUUAAUUGUCCUUCAACUUAACUGAUGGUUUGCAUGAUACAAUUACUGCUCAUAUUUUUGAAAAACCCUUUUUUGUUUUUGUCUAAGCUGGAAAUAAUGACCAUGAAUCAUAGAGACCAGUGAAUUCAUAUAUAUCGUUACAGAAAAUCGUUAAAAUGCUUUUGCCAUCAUAUCCUAUAUUAUAAUUAAUUUAUGAUAUUUUUCUUGUAAUUGUGCUUUGAACGGGUGUUUUAUUUCCAUUCUAAUAAUUAUGUCAUAAGCUAUAAAGUAGUAAUAACAUUCUAUUAAAUUAUUUUUAUUAUUUCUUUUCAUAUGUAAAAAAAAAGCUAUGAAUCUGUAAAUAAUAGUCUCUCUCUAAAUCUCACGAUAACAUUAAAAUGUAAAAAGAACAUGCAUUUUUUAUCCAGUUAAUAUUGUGCUUACUUAUCCCAGUGAAACAUUUAAGGGCACAGAAAGACAUAACCUAACAUACCUUUUAACCAGUGUACGUAAACUGUCAGACGUUCGAAAUCCUUCAUCACUUGUAUUAAGAUUAUAAUAAUUUAAUUUUAUAGCACAGCCACCACAAAAUCAGACUUACUUUGAGAUCAUUCUGAGGUUAAAUAAAGAUUUAAAACCAUAACAAGAAAUAGUUUAAUAGCUAUGAUAAUGUUUUUGAAAUCAAAUAUUUUCAUAGUUAUGACAGGAAACACUGGCAUCAGACAAUAGCUUAGAAAAAAAAAAAAAGUUAAUAAUAAAAAAUAAAGCAAAUACAUUAAUCCAAAUAGGAAAUAAAUCAGUUACUAAGCAUGUGUGCUAAACUCCUGAAACAAUGGUAUCUCAUAUUUUAGAGCAGUCAAUGCAAUUUAUGAAAUAAAUCAAUUAAAUCUGUAUGUGGGAGAUGUAACCUCCUUUGUAAUUCUUAAAAAAAUUUUCUCAGUAACUGUAACUGAUUACAAUUACAUUUAUUUAGUUAUUAAAUUAUGUAAUUCCGUUACAUGUAACUAGUUACUCCCCAACACUGCUUUUAACAUAACAUAAAGCAUUUUUUUCUUUUAAAUUGCCAGUGAAUUGCAGUAGUUAUGCCUUACAUCUUCCGCAAGAAAACUUACGCUCAACCUCUGCAGACUGACGUGGUUAGAUGGUCUUUAGUCUUAAAUUGUCUCUUUUUUCCAAUAAAGAACCUUUCACUCUUGUUUUUAACCAGAACAGCACAGGAAGACAACGUCUGACUACAAAGGCGCAAGGAAUGCCUCAGUCUGAGAGAGAGAGUGAGAAAAGAGUGAGUGGGAGAGAAAAUGAACGACAGCCAUCACUAAAAAAAGAGCGUGACACAUCUCCCCCUCUGUUAAAUGAAAUCGCUUCACCCCAGCACGUGGAACGUCUUUCUUCUGGAGUACGUUCUAGAGCUGCUGAUAGGGAACAGAUGCAGUUUCUUCAGCUGGUGUUUCAGAAUUCUCCGACUGGCCCGAUCAGGCCGUCUGUACUUCGCUCUACAGCUCUCCUGCUUCAGGCAAAUGAGAGCCACCAAACAGCCAUGAACAGAAGAAAAGACACAGGUCACAGUGCACAGAUUUCCAUCCAAGCUGUUGCUGGAUCAGGCCAGCACAAGAAACAGUCUCCCAGCUUUCAUUCUCACAGCCCCGUCGAGUCAGAAAUCCAGAGAUCCAGCUCUCUUUUUGUAAACGGACAAUGUCGCUGGCCAGGCUGUGACAAAGUCUUUGAAGGCUAUACUCAUUUUCUGAGACAUCUAAACCGAGACCACAGCACAGAUGAGAAAACGAUUGCACAGUGGCGAGUUCAGCAAGAUCUGGUACGGCACAUGGAGAAUCAGCUCAUUCAGGAGAAGCAGAAACUUCACGCCAUGCAACUUCACCUUCAGCUGUUUGAAUGCAUCACGACACAUACCGGAGCUGCUACAGGCUGGUGGAGGCCGCUGGCACUAAAUUUGCCCCCGUUGGGGGAGCCAGAUGGCAGGACAGAGAGAGCUAGUGAAGCGCCGGUACGACAGGAACCCUGGCACAUACCCCCACCACACCUGCUGCCAGAUUUUGUUAGCAGUGCUGAAUACUACAAAUAUGCUAACUUGCGUCCUCCAUAUACAUAUGCUUUCUUAAUCAGAUGGUCAAUCCUGGAAACUCCAGACAAACAGCGGACGCUAAACGAAAUUUACAACUGGUUCACAAGAAUGUUCUUCUAUUUCCGUCAUAAUUCUCCUACAUGGAAGAAUGCUGUGCGACACAAUCUUAGUCUCCACAAAUGCUUUGUGCGGGUGGAUGGGAGGAUGGGGGCGGUGUGGACAGUGGAUGAGGAAGAGUUUCAGAAGAGAAAAGGGCAGAAAAUCCACAGGGACUACACUUUCAAAUGGCUGACACCCUUCCCCCUUUGCCCAUCCCAUGAAGCCUCAGACGUAUCAAUAAAAGCCACAAAUUCUCAGUGAAACGUUUUCCAAAUAUUUAGUGUAGUAUGCAGAAAAAAUAUAGACUGUAGAGUUUUAGGUAUGAUCCUUAAGGAUGGGAUAGUUCUUAAUAUUCAUUUUUGCAUCUCUAUCUGAAAAAAAAAGGAAAGUCUUCCUGAAAAUAUGACGUCACUGUGUUGGUUUAUGUAAUUGUAUGUAUGUAAUGUAUGUCUAAAAAAGUACUUAAAUAUAGUUAAAAAAAAAAAAAAGAAAAGAAAGAAAUACAACAGCAGUAACAUAUUAUAAUAUUCAAAAUUAUUCAGAAUUUCACAUUGACAGACCAAACUCCAACCUGACCAGAAGAGGGCAUCUGUGCGCGCGCACGUUUUUGGGUGUGGUAAUUCUGGAACAGAGCAGGCAAAGACAAAAAGCAUCAUCAAAGCUGCUUGAAUGAAAGACAAAGAAAUUUCCUAUCCACAUUUAUAAAUCGUAUUCUGAUGAUAUUGAUACUGUAAAACAAUUUACAACUGAGCCACUGGGCAAACUGUAUGUUGUAUCAAAUAUCUCUUAUGAAAUUCCUCACCAUGUUA